GCCUCACUUCGGAACAGCACAGCUACAGCGCGCAAACGAGGAUCCAGCAUUCCUGCACAAGUUCCAGAAGCAACAGUGCGCGCUGCGUUGCCUUCUGAAAAGAGAAGGACAGGCCGCUUUCGAGCGUUGCUCCCCACCGGUUUGGGCCCUACAUGGCGUCGAAGUGGAGUCUCGACGCGUAAGGAGGAGUAAAAGCCGGUGUGCCCGCAGGAAUCAAAUAAGAUGACACGAGGAGGGACACCGUGGGCUAGGCCCUCAUGCCUGGUGAUUUUGAUCCUUGUGAUGUUAAGCGCCAGGGCAAGGGCUACCCUAGUCCCACUGGAUAUGGGAGAAGUCGAUCUUUUAGCAGCCAUGAUCACGGACGACGCGUUAGGGGUAGAGAAGGUGGAUGGAAUGUGUACGAAUCGACCGCUCUCAGCAGGGAUGAAGGACAAGUUCAUCAACGACGAGGCAUACACCAUCUAUUCAUCGGCAAGCUUGUCGGGUCAUGCAGAUACCAUUUUCAUGGAUGGCGACUUCCCCCAAGACUUUACCAUCAUGAUGACCUUCAAAACCAAGGCUAGCGGCUACCCCUUCAUCAUCUACAGUGGAGAAACAGCAGACAAGGCACUUGCAGUCAACAUCGGAAAGAAGGUGGAAUUCAUCUACACAGACACGUCGGGAAAGCCUGGCGCGCCAAUAUUUUUCGACACAGAUCUAAGAGACGGAAAGUGGCAUCGAGCAUCUUUAAUGGUCAACCAGUCCUCAGUCUCUCUGUUUUUGGACGGAGUCAAAACAGAGACACAGUACCUUGGGCGAGAUAACUCAGCAACCAUCGACACCCAAGGUGCUGUCUACAUUGGCCAGGACAUCUUCGCUGAUGUUGGUAGUGGAAAGUUCACGGGUGACAUCCAGGAUCUCAUGAUCAUCCCAAGUGCAAAAGCUGCCUCGAGACACGCCUCCUACUAUGCCCCAGAUUGCGGAUAUGGUUAUAAGCUCAUGAUGGAGAGCGAAGGUGGUGGCCUUUUGUCAGGACAAGGGGAGGCUGUUGAGUAUGAAGCCUCUGGAGAUGUUGACUGGGGAGCUGGAGGUAACGACACCGAUGGUGGUGAUUAUGGAGGUGGAGGUGAGGGUGGGGAUUAUGGAGGUGGCGGAGGAGGGGGUGGAUAUGAGACCACCACCUACUUCUACAUCCCAGGCCCGCCUGGUCCCCCUGGAGCACCAGGUUACCAGGGAUCGAAAGGAGAAGCUGGUUACCCUGGACGAGAUGGCAUCCCAGGAGGCAUCGGUAUCCCAGGACCACCGGGUCAUGUUUUCGUGAUCCCACUUCCAACAGGGCAAAGCAGAGAUAUUCAGAACGAAGCAACACAAUUCAGGACACUUUUACAACAGCAUAUGUUGUCCAUGCGAGGAGCUCCAGGUCCUCAGGGUUUGACUGGGCUACCUGGACCUGCAGGUCCGACUGGGCCUGAUGGACCAAAGGGAGAAAAUGGAGACCGAGGAGACAUGGGUAUCAUUGGACCAAGAGGCCCAAUUGGAGGACCUGGAAGAAAUGGAAGACGUGGUGUCUCUGGUAAUGAUGGUGCACGUGGUGCAUCUGGACCACCAGGUCCAAAGGGUCUGAGAGGUUACCCCGGAAUGCCUGGUAUGCCUGGCAUGAAGGGGGAGUUUGGCCCACAAGGAAUAACAGGUCAAAGGGGACUUCCUGGAGACACUGGUGAAGUUGGUGAACCAGGAAACAUGGGCACUGGUGGGCCUCCAGGGGAUAUGGGACCCAGAGGCUUCACGGGAGAAAUAGGAUCGCAGGGCACUACAGGUCCACCAGGACAUCCCGGUAAACUAGGCCCACCUGGCCCUAAAGGAGGAAUAGGAGGCGUUGGACCCAGAGGGAACAUAGGACCUGGUGGCCCAUCCGGCCCAAGAGGACCUCCUGGUCCACCGGGCCCUAUUGGGCCAAGCGGUUUGGCUGGACCCACAGGUAAACCUGGCUUGCCAGGUAUGCCUGGAGCCGAGGGAAUGCCAGGACAUCCUGGGCUGAUUGGCCCAAUGGGAGAGAAAGGAGACGUUGGUCCUUCUGGACCUGCUGGAAUCAUAGGAUACCCAGGAAGCAGGGGUGCUAAGGGAGACAAGGGACCAAGAGGACAGUCAGGAGGUAGAGGAGAAGCAGGACCAAGCGGCCCAACAGGUCCAAGAGGUAAUGAAGGUCUGAAGGGCUCAAGGGGUCACAAAGGUAUGCCUGGCUCCUCAGGUGAGGAAGGACCUCAGGGACCAAAGGGUGAGAUGGGACCAAGAGGAGAGACAGGAUCUCAGGGACACCGCGGGCCAAAGGGCAGUCUUGGAAUCCCAGGAUUCCCUGGUUACCCAGGUUCUAAUGGAGAGAAGGGGUCAGUUGGGCGAACAGGUGCGCGUGGACGCCUUGGAGAAAAAGGGGAUCAGGGACCAAAUGGGGUUAUUGGAGAACGAGGUUCACCAGGACCAAGGGGUCUUCGCGGCGAGAAGGGACCGGUUGGCAGCACAGGUUCAGUCGGAGCAAAGGGUGAGCGUGGUGAACUUGGCUCCCCAGGUAUGAUAGGAGAAAGGGGUGUCCCAGGACCACCGGGAGCACCAGGCUUCCAGGGUUCUAUCGGAACACCAGGCCCUCCAGGUAAACUUGGUCCCAAUGGCUUCCCGGGCGAGCGAGGACGACAAGGAGAGAGAGGCCCAGCAGGUCCAUCAGGUUCACCAGGUGUCAUUGGACAACCUGGCGUCCAGGGAAAUUCUGGCAUCCCAGGUGAACGAGGUGUCCCAGGACAAAUUGGUGUCCCUGGAGAUAUUGGAGCACCCGGCGAGACAGGCAAAGUCGGCGAACCUGGUCCCCCUGGCUCAGAAGGCAAACAGGGUCACCAGGGAGAACUGGGAGCUCCAGGGUUCUCUGGCCCUCGUGGUCUUCCCGGUCCAGUGGGUAUGCCUGGUGCGAAAGGAGACUUCGGGCCUCCUGGACCUGCUGGACCACGUGGAGACAAGGGAGUCCGAGGAGAGCUUGGACCUGCUGGUCCAGCUGGCCCUAAUGGACGACCUGGUCCACCGGGCUUCACUGGAUCCCAAGGAGAAAAGGGCGACUUGGGCCUAGAUGGUCCACCAGGGCCACAAGGUCCUCUUGGUCCCCCCGGCGGAAGAGGUUUGAAUGGUCCAGCCGGCCCCGAAGGACCACCUGGCGAUGUUGCUGAGAAAGGAUUUCCCGGACAACCAGGUCCACGCGGUGACAAGGGAGAAGUUGGCAAGGUUGGUCCACCAGGUGCGACUGGAUCUCCAGGACUGAACGGAGCCCCAGGCCCCGCUGGUCCACAAGGAGAAUCUGGAUUCAUUGGAGCGCGAGGCCCACCUGGACCAAAGGGAGAUGAUGGUCCUAGGGGAGUCUUGGGACCCCCUGGUCCCCUGGGUCAGCAAGGUAUCCCUGGCGUAGAAGGUCCCAAGGGACAGGAUGGUGCUCCAGGCAAGCAAGGACCUGUUGGCAUACCCGGCCCACCUGGACAGAAGGGUGCAGCAGGACCCAUAGGUCAAUCCAGCAGUCUUCCCGGAGCCCCAGGACCAAUGGGCCCCGCAGGAUCUAAGGGUGACCGUGGUCAACCAGGUGAACCAGGCAAGGCUGGAACUGAUGGAGAACAAGGUCCAACAGGUAUCGUAGGAAGGAAAGGUGACAUUGGUAACCCUGGCAUCCAGGGUGCCCCAGGCCCCCGAGGAAAGCCCGGAGUGGAGGGUCUCAAGGGAGAAGGGGGACCUGUUGGCUACCCCGGCGCUCCUGGAGCAACUGGUAGCACAGGAACAAAGGGAGACCCAGGUCCACAAGGACCUCCAGGAGAGAGAGGACAAAUCGGACACCCGGGUGUGGCCGGUCCAGACGGCCCCCUUGGACCCCCAGGACAACCAGGAAAACCAGGAAAAUCUGGUUCGCCAGGAAUUCAAGGUCCUCAGGGAGAGACAGGAGACAAGGGAUCACGUGGUGUACAUGGAGAAAGGGGUCCAAAUGGACCACCCGGGCUUCAGGGUCGAGUCGGACCUGCUGGGGCUCCUGGACCAAUUGGACAACCAGGAGCUGCGGGCGAGGUGGGAGCUACUGGCCCAGUAGGAGGAACUGGUCCAGCAGGGCCAACAGGUGCCAAUGGACCAACUGGUCCUAAAGGAGGAGAAGGCUUCAAGGGAGGAAGGGGUCUUCGAGGCCAAACAGGCGGCAUGGGCCCUCCAGGUCCACAAGGUGACAAGGGUGACAAGGGUCUUCUUGGCCCUCUUGGACCACCAGGACGAAAGGGAGACCCUGGUCUUCCAGGACCUCCAGGCCCCGACGGAGAUCCAGGUGUCCAAGGAAUGAUCGGAAAUGAUGGUCCCCCUGGCCCCAAGGGUGAGACAGGUCCAGCAGGGUCUACCGGUCCAGCUGGCCCAGCCGGACCCCAAGGACCACCUGGCACCCCCGCUGACAUCAGAGUCUCAGAGAACAUCUUCUCCACUAGGCAAUACGGCUACACUGGCACAGCUGGCAAGAAGCGAAAGCGUCGGUCUGUCGUGCCAGAGAUGGAAGAAGCCCAAGAUGAUGAAUUAGACCCCAAGAAAGAAAAGAAAUUGGACGACGAGAAACCUGAUGAUGCCAGUGCAAAGAAAGAGGACGCAAGCAAAACUCUCACCUUGGAACAAGUGGUCAAGCAGAUCUUUGAGAACAUCGACGACCUACGAGAGGAAAUCGAAGAGAUACGUCUGCCCCCAGGAACCAAGGAGAGCCCAGCCAGAACUUGCAAGGACAUCUAUCUUGCCUACCCAGAGUCAAAAGAUGGCUGGUACUGGAUUGACCCGAACCUUGGCGCCCCUCUGGACGCUAUUCAGGUCUGGUGUAACAUGACAGCAGAGGGCGAGACCUGCAUAUCACCAAAACGUAACACACGGGUCAUGAUUCCUAAGCAUUUCCCAAGAGACGACAGCGUACAGUGGUUCAGUGACAUGAAUGCAGGAUUCAAGAUCAAGUACCCAUCUGAGACCCAGAUGGCCUUCCUGCGCCUCCUCUCCCUGAAGGCUUCCCAGAAGUUGACAUACUUCUGCACCAAUGCCAUAGCUUGGUUCAACCAAGAGGACAACAACCACAGCAAGUCUAUCAAGUUAUUAGGGGCCAAUGACCAUGUCAUGCAAAAGUUCAAGAGCAAGGAUGUCAUCUAUGAUGGAUGCAGGAAUCGUCGAUCCAAUGCAUACACCGUCUUCAUGUUGAAGACACGAAAGGUACACCAGCUUCCAAUCAUCGACUUAAUGCCUCAAGAUUACGGGGCAGCAUGGCAGAAAUUCGGCUUCGAGAUCGGCCCAGUGUGUUUCAGUCAUUAGUAGCGGGGACAUAAGACUAUAUAAACGCCACCACCAGAAUCCAAGUAAUCGCGCUCACAUGAGCAAAGCUCCUAUACUAUCGCUUCAAAAUAUUUGGUUUUGGAAGCAGCACAUUUUGGGGAUUUAGGUUUUUUUAAUUUGUCUGGCUAGUGAGCACUGGGAUGGAUGAAAUUCUCUGAUUAUAUGUAUAUGUGGUGAUCUCCUUUUGUAAAUAGGUGUCUUCCUAAAUUCUAUUCAGUGUCUAAUGAUGUGAUAUAACAGAUAAAUUAUUUUUGAGAGAGAAAUUUUGUUCAGUUUAGGCAGCUUACUCACCAGACAUAUACAUAUACAGCUACGUGUACACAUAAGUACAUGAAAUGUACAUUCAAGUACAUAACAAGUGCAUAUCAGGUCCGUGACAGACAUCCAGUCACUCGAAGCUAGAUGUAAUAUAAAUUAAGAAUAGAGUAACGCCAGGGCUCUUCCCCAAAAUGUCCUUCAACCAAAACCUCUGAAAUUGAAGUGGCAUCAGUUUGAUAAUCGUAUAAUAUGUUAGGUCCAAGUCUGUUCACUUUGAAUGCAAUGUAUUAGUGAAUUUUUCAUAUUGUAAAUAAAUUGGUAUGUUACUUCUUAUAUAAUAA